AUGCAGGGGGAAUUCGAUAACUCCAAUGAGGUUACCCUACUGGCCAUGUUUGAUGAACAUGGACAGCAAUUGGAGUGUCCAAGUCUCCCUUUAGGACCCGCACCUUCCACUGAGCCAGCACAAGUAAAUCCGCCAUUACCAGUGUCACCAUCUUCUUCGCGAAAUGUUCGUCCAGAAGUGGUCGUUGUCGUUGAGCGGUUAGAUGAGGAGACCGGCAACGAGUACUUGUUAGCGGACCAGCAUGAAGUAUAUCACGAGGAGGUGGUGGCGAGUUCGAGUGGUGGUGCUGUGCGAGGCGUGCGGUUCCCAGCGACGGCAGCAGCAGGCGGCAACGCUCUGUAG